AGCGCGGCAGGGCAAACUGUUCUUCCCAUCACUAGUAUAUCAGUGUCUGUUGACAUGGCUGAGCCUAGUAAGAAGCAGCGGCUCAGCCACCAUAACAACAGUUCACAGACUCCUUCCAAGGCCUUCUAUAAGACCAGGGAUGUCGAUGAAGCUCAUCCGUUUGUGGAGGGCUCCAUUCUGCGCAUCACCAUGAAAAACUUCCUGACCUAUGACUACUCUGUGGUGUGUCCUGGACCAAAUCUGAACAUGAUUGUUGGUGCAAAUGGAACUGGCAAGUCCAGCAUUGUUUGUGCCAUCUGUCUGGGCCUGGCUGGAAAGACCGCUGUUCUGGGGAGAGGAGAUAAGGUUGGGCUUUAUGUGAAGCGUGGCUGCCAUAAAGGGUCCAUUGAGAUUGAAUUGUACAAAACAGGAGGUAACAUAGUCAUUAACAGGGAGAUCCAUGUGGAAAAUAAUCAGUCCCUUUGGAUGCUGAAUGGGAAACACUGCAACCAGAAAACGGUAGAAGAGGAGGUCAAGGCUCUGCAAAUUCAAGUCGGCAACCUCUGCCAGUUUCUUCCUCAGGAAAAAGUUGGUGAGUUUGCCAAAAUGUCUAAGAUCGAGUUGUUGGAGGCAACUGAGAAGUCUGUGGGACCCCCAGAGAUGUACGAGUACCACUGUGAGCUCAAAAACUUCCGCAACAAGGAAAGAGAAUUGGAGAAUGUUGUAAAGGAGAAGGCAAACUUCUUGGAGAAGGCCAAACAACGAAAUGAGAGGUACAAGCAUGAUGUCAACCGUUAUUAUGAAAAGAAGAGACAUCUGGAUGUCAUUGAGCUUCUGGAGAAGAAGAAACCAUGGGUUGAGUACGAGACUACCCGUAAGGAACUUGAGGGUGUCAGAAGGGAGCGAGAGGAGACCAAAAGACAGCUUUCUGCCCUACGACAGGCCCAAACUCCCAUGCUAAGAAAAAUUCAGGACAUUGAUGACCAGCUGAAGCCCACUGAGGCACAGAUGAAGACCAAGACUGCAGCUAUCAAAGAAGCCUCUUUAAAGUGCAAACAGAAACAGGAUCAGCUGGACCGAAAACACAAAGAGGUAGAUGACAUCAAACAAGCGUUGAGACUGAAGCAGAUGGAAGAAGAGGACCACCAGAAACGAAUCAGUAAUACGAGGCGGGCCAUUGAUGACCUAAAAGCAGAGUUGGCCAAAGUGGCUGACCAACCAGACGUAGCGCCACAGAUUAAUGCCGUCAACCUGGAGCUGAGGCAGAUCCAAGAGGAGAAAGCCAAGAUCGAAGGAGAGAAGGCGGAUUUGCGUAGGGAGAAGGACAACCUCAUAGCUGAGUCCAGAACAUUGGAAAAGAAACUGAACGACAUGAACAAUAUGAUGAAUGUGAAGGAGGAGAAGCUGCGAGGACGUCACAGGGACACAUACACUGCCCUUCAGUGGCUGCGGCAGAACAAAAGCCUCUUCCAGGGGGAGGUCCAUGAACCCAUUAUGCUGGUGAUCAACGUGAAGGAUAAUCGCUUCGCUAAAUAUGUGGAGAACCACAUCGCAUUCCAGGACCUGCGUGCGUUUGUCUUCCAGAGGAAAGAUGACAUGGAAAAGUUCAUGACUGAGGUCCGCGACAAGAUGAACUUAAAAGUGAACUCUAUUUCUGCUCCAGAGGAGUCUUGUUCUAAGCGCCCGCCUUCAAGGAAUAUUGAGUCUCUGAGGCGUUUCGGCUUUUUCUCUUACCUUCGGGAGAUGUUUGACGCCCCUGAUGACGUGAUGAGUUACCUGUGUCACCAAUACAAGGUGCACGAUGUGCCAGUGGGCAACGAAACAACCAAAGCUAUGAUCAAAACGGUGAUCGAGGAGCCGUACCUGAAGGUGUUAUACACAACAGAGGAGAGGUACACAGUUAGAAGGUCCAUAUAUUCCAACAAGAUCAGCACUAGUAAUUCUGCAGUGCACCCCUCCCAGUACCUCUCUUUCACUGUGGAUGCUGAAGAAAAGCGGAUGCUGGAACAGAAUUUAAAGCGCUGUGGUGUGAUGCUUAAAGAAACUGAUGAUAGGCUGAAAGCCCUGCAGAAAGAAGCUGCCAUGCGAGACCGUCGCGACAAUGAACUGUUGGCAGAAAAGAAGCGUCUGUCUGAACUUAAGGGGAAGAAGAGGCAGCUGGAGCAGAAAAUCAGUACCAAACAGGACAGUCUGAAGCAGAUGGAGAACAGUGUUAUUGAUCUAAACAAAGUUGAAGAAGAAACUAAAAAGAAAAUUGCAGCUGUCAAUCAUCAGAAGGUGACCAUUGUCUCUGCAUUUAUGGCCCAAAUGAAGCUGAGAGCCAAGCUCUCCAUGGAGAAAGUGCAUCUGGCUUUUGAGACGCUGGGACUGAUGGCAGAAAAGUCCAAACUGGAGAAUGAUUGCAGAGGAAGUGCGACCGAGCUGAAGGCCAUCGAUCAAAAGUGCAGCCGCCUGGAGCAGAGGAAGAUCCAGCUGACGGAACAGUGCAAAGGCAUGUUGAAGAAGGCAAAGGCCAUCUGCAAGAUGCAAAAUGAUUCCUCGUUACCUGAAGACCUGCGCAAUGCUUUUAGCAAGCUGCCCAACACACUGGACGAGGUUGAUGCCAUGCUAAAUGAGGAGCGGUCCAGAGCCGAGUGCUUCACUGGCCUCAGUGAAAAUGUUGUUGACGAGUAUAACAGGAGGGAGCUGGAGAUCAAGAAUCUGGAGAAGGAAUUUGAAGAGAAGACUGCUGCCCUCAAUGCCUACAAACAGAAUAUAUCAGAGGCUAAGGAGCGCUGGCUGAACCCUUUAAAGAAUCUUGUUGAACAGAUAAACAACAAGUUCAGCGAAUUUUUCCGCUCCAUGCAAUGUGCAGGAGAGGUUGAUCUGCACUCAGAGAAUGAGGAAGAGUAUGACAAAUACGGGAUUCGCAUUCGGGUCAAGUUCCACAGCAGCACGCAGCUGCACGAGCUGACGGCUCACCACCAGAGCGGAGGAGAGCGCAGCGUCUCCACUAUGCUUUACCUCAUGGCUUUGCAGGAGCUCAACCGCUGUCCGUUCAGAGUGGUGGAUGAAAUCAACCAGGGAAUGGAUCCCAUAAAUGAGAGGAGGGUGUUUGACAUUGUCGUUCGCACUGCUUGCAAAGAAACAACUUCUCAGUACUUCUUCAUCACACCAAAACUGCUCCAAAAUCUUCAGUAUGCAGAGGAGAUGACUGUUCUUUGUGUCCAUAACGGCCCUGAGAUGCUUCCUCCCACUGAAUGGAACAAAAACGCUUUCAUUAGACGACGUCUUCAGAGGAAAGCUCAGGCCUAAAUACUUCUGGCCAAAAACAGAACAGACUUUGACAUUCAUUACAUGCAUCUAAAAUCUAUUUGGAUAAACAGUCUUGUCAUUUUUAAAACUGUAUUGUUUAAAAGAACUGUAUUUUCGUAUGUGUUCUUCCUUUUGCACCUUUUGGUUUUUGUUCAACACUGAAAAAAUGUUUUGA